AUGUCCAUCGCUAGCUUCUGCGCGUGUUUCAAUGCCUGUAAAAGCAAAAAAAAUAUUGCUAAAAAUUAUUUUUCACACGCAAUUUAAUUAGAUUUAUAGUUCAUAAGUAUACUGUAUACACAACUAAGUUACAAUACAGCUCUGGAUGUAAUUACAACUAGGAAAGUGCAAAGAAAAAAGUGGUCAGAAUAAAAAAUGCAAAGCGUGGACGACGACGUGCAAAAAGAAGAAAAUUUUAUACCCAAAAUUCGGGACGCGCAAAAACACAAAAAAACGACUAUUUCCUGGUCGCCCGGACCAAGCUAAGGGAUUGCGCGACAUUGCGAAAUUCUCGAGCCUUUCCGAGAGUGUCCCAGUGUGUAAAUUAAUAAUAAAAAUAAAGCAUAAAUUGUAUAAGCGAACUGUCUGGGGUUGUCGGUAGAGCGCUGAGGAGGGGUAGGCGAGUCUCGUUCUUGCUCAGUUUCAGCCCAUUGCGCUGGGGCGAAUCUCUCGGUCUCGGUCGCUCUUUCAGUUCUGUUCUGCCCCGAACUUCCGUGACAUCGGUUGUUGUUUUCUCCUUUUCUUGUUUUCGCGCGUAAAAUUCGUUCCCUCGUUUCCCACCCUCGCCGACACUGUUCAGGCUACAGUUUGUGGGAAAUUGUUGUACCUAAGCCACAACAACAACAACAGCCACGCAAAGCAGCAGAACAAAGCGCAGACCGGAACGCAGUCGAAAAACGGAAUGCAAAGCACAUAAAUGCAGAAACGAUGAUGGAGGCAUUGGAUCAGCAACAAGCCAAGCUUACGUCUAACAUAGAUGCCGGUGAUGCGGGUGGUACGAGUGCCAGAGUCGGUUUGGAUGUCGGUGCGGGAGCAGCAAGUGGCACUACCAGCGAGGAGGAAGAUUACGAGGACACUCAUAAUGCGCUGGGGCUGGCGAAAGAGGAGAGCACGAUGGAGCACAGCGACAACAACAAUGCGGACGCUGCUGACGAUGCUGAAUGUGUACGACGAAAGCGUAAAAAGAGCACCGAUGACGUGAUAGACUUGACCCUGGCAAACGGCCAGGAUAGCAGCCAAAUGGAGGCAGAGGCAGAGCCAGAGUCUGCAGACAGCGAGAAGUCUGCUGACGAAUCGCAAACGAAUGAAAGCGAAACUUCAAAGGAAUCUCUUCUGGCCGAGAAAGAGGCUGUUAGUGACAGCGAUGAUAUUGUGGAGAAUCCAACGAUUCAAUGUCCAACGAUUGUCAUUGAAAGCGACGAUGAGCAGCCGACUAGAAGAUCAUCCUCUGCUUCGGUCGGUUCUGUAAAGCAAGAGCAGGGGGAAGACUUGCUGUCAGAGGAGGAGGAGGAGUCGGCACAGUCCAGCACAAUACCAGUGAAAGAGGAGUGCAUGGAGGAUCUGCCAGUGGAUGAAGAUGUGGAGCUCAAAAGUGAUACGCGACCUGUGCCCAGCUCUGAGCCAGAAGCAAAUGAGCAGCCCAAGAAGCUCGCUGAUGAUGAUCCAGAGGAGAGCUUGCUAACUCCCAAGGAUGAAGAGGAGACACAGCAGGGAUCGCCGAAUGUCAGAGAAGUCAUUAAUGUAGAAUCAGAUAGUGAACAGGAGGAGGAAGCAGAUGGAUAUCUAUCUGCAAGAGGAGAUCUCGAAAUCGACACGGAGAGUGAGGAAGAGGCUUCGGCGGCGACAGAAAAAGAGGAUGCCGAGCGAUCUUCGUCUGUCAAAGAACUGGACACGGAGUCGGACAGUGGAGAGGAGGAGCCAGUGGUUCCUGUAGCUGUAAAAGGAGAUCUUGAUAUCGGCACGGAGAUCGCCGAAGAGGAUGACGAGUCGCCUCUACUCGUUAAGGCGUCUGAAACAGAGAAUGCCGAGCAGUCUUCGUCUGUCAAAGAGCUGGAUGUUGAAGCGGAAAGUGGUGAGGAGAUUGCCGAAGAGGAUGUGGAUUCGUCUUUGUCCAUCAAGGCAUCUGAAACAGGGGAUGCUGAGCGAUCUCCGGAUAGUGGAGAGGAGGAAGCAGCAGAAAAUCGAUCUGUAAAAGAAGAUCUUGAUAACGAUACGGAGAGCGAGGAAGAUGUAGCUGCAGAUGCAGAUCCCGCACUGCCUAUUAAGGAAGAUAUCUCCGUCAAGGAUCCGGCGACUACGAAAGACCUUGAUGAGGAAACUGUGAGUGCCGAGGAGAACAUUUCGUUGCCACUCAAAAAGGAUCUUGAUGAGGAUACGGAGAGUGCGCAGGAGGCCCUCUCGCUGUCCAUUAAAAAGGAUCUGGAAGAGGAUUCGGAGAGUGAGGCAGAGCAAGAGACAGAGACAAGAACAGCUGUGAGAUCUACGUCAGCUGAAAAAGACCUUAAAAUUAAUGCGGAUGAAUGUGAGGAAGAACGCUCGCCGAAUAACGAUGCAAAGACGAGGGAUGGCCUGGCCUCAGACGAGGAAUUCGAUGCAAAGGCAUCGCCGCAAUCUAGCCGCAAGUCGUCUGUAGCGGAAUCGUCUGAUUCGGAGGAUUCUGUCACGCUGACCAUGGACGUGGAUCAUCCAUGUAGCGAGGAUGAGGCUGCAGAUGCGAGGCCAGGAGUGGUUAAAAUUGAAUCGGACUCGGAGGAAGGACAACAGAUGGAGAUGGAGGAAAGCCUCAAAUCGACGAAUCCUGCUGCCGCGCCCAGUCCCAUUCCGGAUGUGGAUGUUGCGCCACAAGUCAAAGUGAAUGGCAUACACGAUGCCACAAUUCCCGAGGAUAAUGUGAAGGAGGAGCUGGAAGAGCACGACCAAUUGUCUGUGAUAUCGAACCACACGGCGAACGAGGACGAUGAAGAUGAAGGAGAAAGAGAAAGAGGAGAAGAUGUAGAAGAAGCCUCCACGUCACAACAGCUGCCACUGAGGGCACGGCCCCUGGUUCUGCCCGUGCGCAGAAGCCGCAGUCGGAGCACCAGCAGAAGCAGCACAAUUAGCUCAGCCUCGCAGCAUCAACUGGUCAUCGAUCAUCCGGCUGAAAGUGAACAGAAUAAUGGCAAGGUGCAAGCCCUGAAGCUGUCACUCAAGCGCAGGCGCAGCAGCAGACAAAGUAUCUCCUCCGCCGCCUCCGCCAACUCCGUCAGCCAGCCCGAGAAACAAAUGAAGAAGAUAAACGCCUCCACCUCGCUGCUUCUGCAGCGUCUCCAGGGCAAUGACGGGUCCAAUGUCAAUGCUGAUUCUGCCAGCAAACCCCCAGCGUCGAGCAACCAGCAUCACGAACAUCAGGAGAAGAGGAAACAAGAGCCCGAACCGAAGAAGGAGCGUUUCUAUCGCUGCGCAAAGUGCGGCACCGUCCACCAGAGCUGGAACUUCUUCGCCCAUGUGCGGGAUGUCCACCAGAAGUUCGUUUGCAUGUACUGCAGCCUCACGUACGCCACUGUGGAGAAGCUGUCGCUGCAUCUGGAGAACAAGCACGACAUCGACCAGAAACACUUUCCCAAGGGUGCGUGGGCAGUGGAGCAGCAGAAGGAUGAUCGGAUCAGAUAUCUCAUCUGCUGUACCUGCCAGACCACCUUCACACAAGGCUUAGAUUUCGAGAGUCACGACUGCGCUGAGCUCAUGGUGCCGUGUGCUCAGUGUGGGGUGAAGGGUUGCCAUGCGAUGGCCUGCAGAAACCAGAAGAAGAAGCCGCCAAAACGAAGGAGAAGAGUACGGAAGCAACAGACAGACCAGCAGGCGGUGCCAAUGGAACCACAGCAGGAAGCCCUGCAAACGGAGCCAGCGGAGAACAUUCCAGCGCCAAUGCCCAAUUGGCCAACCAUCGAUCCGGGCACUGUGCCUGUGCCAACUCCGUCGCCGCCUCCAGCCAUUCCGAAGCUAGUCGUGCCCAAAAUAAUGCUGCGGGUGCCAAAGGAGUUUCAGAAAUCUGUGGACGCUGCUCUAAGCAGCACCGAUACGGAAGAGGAGGAGCCGGAACUGCAAACAGCAGCUCCCCCGGAAAGGCAAGCAGAAACGAAUCCCUCGCCGAGCCCUCAAACGCCUCCUCCUGCGCCGCCGCAAUCUCGCCCCAGCCUAGAUGAUUCGGACUGUGCACUGAUGAUGAGUCGCAUGCAGGCCGAAGUGGAGCGCACAGAAAUGGAAAUACUGCGCAUCAAAGCAGACAGGAAGCCCGACAGGAAGAAGCAGUCCAAGGCCAUAGCCCCAGCAGCUGCGUUGGACGAUGGAUUGCUGCCUCCGCACGCAGCGGAAGCUAUGGAAGAGCCCCUGCUUCAAGCGCAAGAGCAGCAGGUGCAACCCCAGCAGCAAGAGGAACAGCGACGCUGGUCACUGACGCCACCCGCUUCGCCACACAACACAACGCAGCCACCGCCCGCAAUAAUCUCGGAAUUCCAAGCGGACCAAGCGGAUGCAGCCGAUGAAGAUGCAUCGCCUGGCCGUCGCAAUAGCCUCGGCAGUGACUGCAUGGACAUUGACGACAGCCUGAACGGACCAACGGCAGCCAACGAGGCACAAUUUGAAGCCCCAGAGGUCCCAAUGCCAGACCAAUUGGACGCGGUGGGGCUGUUAGAAGCCAUCCAGCCCGUGCCUGAGUCGCCUGCGCCGCCCUUCGAUGGCAUUCUUGUCGCCGGAGAAGACACGCACACGAUCGAUCUGCAGCUGAAUCGACCCCUGGAUCGGUUCACGAUUGUGGAAUUUGUGCGUCUGUGCCUGACGGCGGUCUACCCCAUCUGCCUGUACUGCAAUCACGCUCGCCGCAUUGCCGUUAAUGGCAAGCAGCUGGUGCUGCAUCUGAUUGGCCAGCACCGGUUCACCGCGACUGUGGACAGCAUCACGGCGGAGGAGCUGUACGCGGAGACGAUUGUGGCGCGGUUGAAGAGUUUUGUGCCACAGCUAGAGGAGGAGUUCCUGAAUAUGUCCACCUACUGCACCCUGGAGAGCGACAAGUACGCGGAGGACUUCAACGAGCGGAUCUUCGAGUGCUUUUCCUGCCGCUACGUGGCCGCCACGCACAAGGAGCUGUACACGCACAACCGCAGGAUGCACGCCAAGGCGAACAUCAUGUGCAUCAUGUGCCGCACGAAUUUCUACAGCUACAGCGAGAUUCUGUGCCACAUCUGUCCGGGCGAGGAGGCGCGCAGCGUUUACGACUUGAAGUUUCGCUGCUGCCUGUGCGCUUCGGCGCCUCCGCUGCCCUCCGCCUUCCGUCUGAUGGUGCACCUGAGGAAGCAGCAUAGUGCCUGCGACAUCUGCCUGGAGGACUGCUCCACGCAAGCGAGGCUCUCGGCCCACGUGUGGAAGCACAAGCUGCUGCAUCUGUGCUACCGCUGUGGCAUCGCCUACCGCAACAAGCAGGACAUCUCGAAGCAUCUGUUCUGGAAGCACGGCACCGAGAGCGCCACCUGCAAGCGCUGCCUGCAGAAGCGCUGGCCCCACGUCUACCACUUCUGUGUGCCGCCCGUGACGUUCCCCUGCGAGGAUUGCGGCUUUAGCUUCAGCAAGGCCAUCUACCUGGAGGUGCACAAGCGAAUGCAUUCCGGCGACUUUCGCUACGCCUGCGCCGAGGAGCUGUGCGAGGAGAAGUUUGUCUCGCGCAAGCUGCUGCUGAAACAUGCCAGCACCCAUGAGGCGAAGGAGGAUGUCAACCCAGAGACGACCAUGCCGGAGCCAGAACAGAAAGAGGAUUCGCAGCCACUGGAACAAGCGAUCAAAAAGGAAACGGAGGAGGGUGAGGGAGAGGGAACGUCGCAGCAAGAGGCCGAAACGAAAGCCACGCCAUUUGAGGAGAAGGAAACGAAAACGGAAUGCACAAAAGUGGAGGCUGACGAGAAAAAGGAGACCGGAGCGGAGCCACCGGCUGCCAAGUCGGAGACACGCAAGCGACGCAAGAAGUCCAAGCGGAACAAGGAAUACCUCGAGGAUCUCAAUCUGAUAGCGCCAAAUCUGUCGGAGUCGGACAGCAGCGACAGCAGCGAUUCGGAUGCACCGCCACGGAAGAGUGGCAGCCACGGCCAUGAGACGCUGCCCAUGCGAUCAACUGUGGAAGACUUGGGUAUGCCCAAGGUUAUGCUGUCGCCCUCCUCCGAGAGCGAUGCAGAUGACCAGAAGUCGCAGCCAAGCCAGAAGCCGCAGGAACCACUCGAGGGUGGCGAGGAGAAGCCCUCGGCGGAGUCUGAGGAUCAAGCAGAGGAAACGCCAAAGGCGGAGACAGAAGCAGAUGCGGAAGCAAAUGUAUGUGCAGAGCUGCAGGUGGCCAAAAAGGAAGAGCAACCCGAUGAUGUCUCUGAUAUGUGGAAAAACUUGCUGCAAAAUCAAACCGUGAACCCCAAUUCAGAGGAAGAGCUGCCAGCCGAGGAGGAGGCGCCACCCGCAGAGUUGGAGAACCCUCCACCGCCCAGCAAGGUGCAUGUGGCGUGGUCCGAUCACGAUUAUUGCAAGAUGUACCGCACACCUGCGCCCUCGCCUGUGAAGAAACAUUCGACAUCCAAAGCGUCGCACGCCGGCAAACGGUCGGGCAAAAACAAUGCCUCCAGCGACAGCGAUAGCUCCAGCAGCUCCAGCUCCAACUCGGACUCGGACUCCUCGAGCUGCUCGUGUGGAUCCAACUGCAGCUGCAGCUCCAGCAACAGCAGCAGCUCCAGCGACGACUCUGAUGAUUCCGACAGCUCCAAUGCCGCCGCAUCGCCCACGAAGCGGAUGCGCAAGAAGUCUCUGAAGCAGAAGAAGAACGAGGCCACGGGCAAGCAGAUGCCGCAGCCAGACCCAGAGGAGGAGAUUAAUGUAACCUCAGCGCCCGAGGAGCAGCCUGUGCCGCCGCCGCCCUCACCCAAGGCGCCGCUGUACAACGAAUCGGACUUCGACACCGCCUUCUCCGACACCGACGAGGAGUUCUACGAUGCCCAUCCCCAGAAGCUGGCCAGCGAGCUGCUGGCGCAGAAGCGGGAGGCCCUGCUCGCCGAGCAUCCGCCCGUGGGGCCGCGCAACAACUACGACAUUGUGGAAAACAGUCGUCCCUCCACGCCGUCCCUGCCCGAGGAGGCGGCUGCAUAUGCCGACAAGCCGGAGCGGGUACGCAACAAGAAGAAGAAACGAGAACGAAAGUCCACAUGUAAAUCGGGAAAGCUACAGCUGCUGGCGAGCACACCCCUGCCAGCCAUGGAACCACCAUCCAUUGCCAGCCAGAUGCUGCCAGCAGAGUCGCCGUCGAUGCUGCCAGUCACGCCGCUAACGCAUCGACAUCUGCAGCCUGGCGGCUUCCUGGGUCUGGGCAGCAGGAUGAGCGAGGGCAGCAGCUGCUCCGAUGCCGAUGGCCAGCUGAAGCGCUCCAAGCGCCAGAGGCGUCCCAACAAGUUCUACGGCUACACCAGCGACGAUGAGAACAUGAGCACCAUCCUGGCCCCGCCGCUGCUGGUGGGCAUGCAGCUGAUCAAGCCACAGCCGCCGCCGUUGCUGACUUGGGCCAAGGAGGAUUUGCCGACGCCGCCCAAGCAGCGCAGCAGAAACAACAACAACAGCAGCAGCCAUCACCACAGCCAUCUGCACAGCAACGGGGGAAUGCGUACGCCUCCGACGGGCUCUGGAUCGAGGAAGCGCAACAGGCAGCGGUCACAGGCGGCGAGCGGAGGCGGCUCGAGUGUGAGUGCUCGCUCCGCAAAGCGCCACAAGCCGCACAGGCAGGAGGAGGAGAAAUCAUUGCCGCCGAUACCCACGCUGAAGAUCCGGCCCAGUCUCCUGCCCACGUCAACACCGCCGUCAGACAGCAGCGACAGCAGUUCGGAGGACGAGGAAGUGAAUGUGACCAGCCUGGGGCCACCCACACCACAGAUACAGAUGCCACCCGCUUUGGCAAUGCCCACAGCACCACCUGUGGUAGUACCGGUGCAGCUGCCACCGCCACCGCCGCCGCCGCCUGCAGCCACUGCAUUCAAUCAGCCGAUUCCGCCGGCUCUACUCCCGAAUCCGGACUUUGCCACGCUGCAGUACUUCAAGGCGAACAACAUACGCUAUCCGAUCCGACCGCCGGCGGGUGCACGGCUGGCGCGCGAGGGCGAGUCCGUCUACUGCUACUGCCGCUGUCCCUACGACGAGGUCUCCGAGAUGAUUGCCUGCGACGGCGACAACUGUCUGAUCGAGUGGUUCCACUUUGAGUGCGUGGGCAUAAUGGUGGCGCCACAGGGCAGGUGGUUCUGCGCCGAGUGCAGGCCCAAGUACUCCGAGGGCCUCUAUCCAAGCGCGACGGCACAGUGACAGCAUCUGCACCUGCCAGGAGGAGCUUGGCUGGGAUUCCGUGGAUCCUCUAACACACAGUAGCCCCAACCACAACCACGAGAUGGAAACCCCACUACAGAAUGGAAUACGCUUAUUAAUUAAUAAACAAAACAAAACAAACAAAAAAAAAAACAACUUAGAACAGGUCUAAGAGGAUAUCUUAAAUUACUAAUUACCAUAAAUGAAAUCUAUCUAUCAAUCGUAAGGAAUUAAAUGCUAAUUAUGUACAUUGAUAAGGCAAAGAAAGGCCAAGGCUCAAAGUACACCCCUCCCCAGAGAAAGUGUAAAUAGGGAAACAACAGUUUAAAUAACAGAAUAAUAAACGUAUAUAUUAUAUAUAUAAAUAUCAAUAGAGAAGAUCCACAAGAGCGUGUAAAUAUCGAGGGAUCCCCAUAUAAAUAAAUGUACGCCUAGAAUAGACACAACUUUAACCCUGCCCUAAGCCCUGAAUCGACCCUGAAUCAUGCAUAGUUCUUAAUUUAAUCUAUCAUAUGUGUACGCUUAUAUUUAGUGACUACGAGUAGAGGUGUGCCC